GUGACACCUAUUGGCCUGCGCCGCGCCGCCGUUUUUCUCCGCGGUCGCCAUAUUGGGACGAGUCGCUUGUGGCGCCCGUUCCUUCCAGCGUUAGCAAAGCAGCAUUGCUGGAGAGUUUGCGAAGCUGUUGUGUUCUGCGCCAGCUGCUGGGCAAUUGAACUGUGUUCAGUCGCAAAAACCAACAUGCCAGGGUGUUGUGUACCGCUGUGUGCCGGCUCGACAACGAAAGGCUUGCGCUGUUUUCGCUUCCCACGGGAUAAGGAACGGAGAAAAGUAUGGGAGGCGAAAGUGAGGCGUCAAGACUGGAAUGUGAAUGAUAACUCGAGGAUCUGCGAGCGACACUUCGAAGAAGAUCAGUUCGAGGGAAAAAGGAAGGAUGGACGGCGGCUGCUCAAGUCAACGGCUGUCCCGACAUUGUUUGAUUUUGGGCCCCAGCCGAAGCGAAGAGAGCCGCUUGCACCGAGACCUUUUCCUUCCAGUACUGCACAUGGUACCGCAGUAGACUCCUCGCCAGCCCCUAAGGCACCACCUGACCUAGAACAGACUCCACCACUGCCGGAGAACACUCAUGAGGGUACGGGAGAACAAGUGGACAUUUUCUGGCUCUCUGUGAACGAACUGCGGAAAGAGCUGCAAGAUGCAAGAAGAAAACGCAACGAGUUAGAAGAAAGCUUAUCGCAGGCAAAGAGAAAGGUAAAAAAACACUGAAAGUAGAAAACAGUUUGAAAAAAACAUUCAACAUUGACUGCAAAUUUGACAUCCGUAAACCAGGACCAAAAGACUGCUUUGGAAAAGAAAACACAGGAAAGGUUGCUUGUAGGGUGCUGGCAAAAUCAAGAAGGCACUACAGCUGAGUGCGCAUGUGGCUCUGCCGGAUGCGACCUUUUACUGGAGCAAGGACAGGCGCUUUCUUCAAGGAGGACACUAUGCCGGAGACUGCAACACUAAGCUUUCUUGCCUGGUGUGCUAACAGAAAUUUUCGUCUUAAUGGAAGCCAAAGUGGCUGCAAUGUCAAACACCGAAAAGUAUCCUCUUCUUGGACGAACUAGAAAUUCGCAGAGGUAUGGAGCUGAACGGCAGCAGUCACUUUUCUUGGCAGGUUAACGCUGCCCGAGGGUGACCAGCCUGCCAACCAUGCCCUUGUUUCAUGGUAGGUGGUUUGAAUUCCAGGUGGAAGCAAGUAAUUGCAUACCACUACAUAGGUGCCUUUGUCAAUGGAGGCAAGCUCAGAGAUUUUGUCUUUCAUUUAACACAUUUAUGCACCCAGAUAUUACUGCGCGUGAUUUGCGUCACAUGCGACAUGGGCAGCUCAAAUCGUGCCAUGUGGAGGUCAUUGAACUUAUCAAGUUCCCGUUGCUCUGCAAGUAUGUGUUGUGUGCCGCAUCCAUCCGACGGUAGAAAGGGCGUGUUUUUUAUGCCAGACCCCGCGCAUUUCUUAAAAACUUUGAUAAGGCCCUUAGUGCGAAAAGACGUAAUGGGAAUUAUUGGUGACAGUGUUGCAAAAGUUCAAUUUACCCAGCAGUGAAGUGCCAAUCGAGCAUGUGGAAGCUGUUUUAAAACUCAACGCAGAUCAGUUGCGGGUCGCAUCGAGCUUGAGCGGCAUCCAUACAUCCAAUCGUCAUUUCACAAAAAAUGAAGGUUAGGAUAGCGGUCCAGUUGUUCCGCGAAGCCCCAGCAGCAAUUAUAUAUUAUAUACAAAUUGAGAAGCUGCCCAUUGAGGCCGAAAUAACAGCGUGGUCUUUUGAACUCAUCUUCAAAUGCUUUACAGUAAUGACUGCUCUCCAUGCCACGGUUGUACUGAGUUUGAGGAAUAAGAGCAAGUAUGAGGAGGCUAUUGCAAACAUCAACCUGACAAUGGAAGUAAUCGAAGGCUUGGGAACAGGAGUAAAAAAAAAAGCGUGGAAUCUGUCAGGCACGGGCACUCAUCUCGACAACUGUAAUCUUGCAGCUGCAUAUAAUCUUGCUGAAAGAACGCGACUACAGUUUUGUCUUUAUUGGAAGGAUGGUGCAAGAUUGGCUGGAAAAAUUUUUUUCGGUCAUCAGAAUGGUUUCGCCUGCACCAAGCUCUUAUGACCUCAAAAUGCUCUCAAGAUUGCAAUUGUCAGCCAGUUUCUCAAGGUUCCUAAGAAUUCAGGCUACGACACUGACGACAGCACUUAUCUGGUUGAUUUCUUUUCCGCAGAAAUCAAGGAAGUUCAGAUCAAUAUAGAAGAGCAUGAAGAGCCGUCAGUAAGUGACGAAAUUGUAUAAAUAGAGUCACUGACAAGAGCUGAAGCUGACAUCGUCGCUUACUUGGCUGGGUUUUUAGUAACACCUCUUCUACUUGCUGGAAGGUCACGCACUCUGUGUACACGAAGGCUUCUUUCCGAAAAGGCACGAGAGAAGCAUAUCCUAGUGCAGUUGAAAGAAUGUAACUCUGGAGCCCGCAACCUUGCUUAUGCGAGCGAAGAAGUUCUAAGCUUUCUUUCUUCUUGCGAAAGCGUCUUCAAAGAUGUCUCGGAAGAAGAGGACAUUUGCCGCUUGGGGAUUGCAAUGAAAGUUGUAAAGCGCUUCAUCGAACUAGCCGUUCCCAAUCCAGCGGUUGAUUGCUCGGUGCACACAAUUAAGUGUACUGACAAGAUUGCUAGAGGGAUUCGUGACGAUGCGCCUGCGCAUUUACUUGAAGUGGCCAAGUGAGUCAGAAGAACUGGAUGAAAGAUACGGCAGCGAAACUGUGGCUGGGACCAAUCUUGAGUGAAAUGUCUUCUCCUAAACGUGCAGCCAAAGUCGUUUUUAAGAGGUUCCUAACAAGUAUUAUUUUUAAAUAAAGGGCUGUGUGCAUUGGUGUGCGACACA